AUGACUGACGUUGCAGCUGAGUUGGGAUUUGAUCCUAGUUUGAAGAAGAAGAAGAGCAAGAAGGUUGUUCCAGAGGAGCUACUUGGCGGCGCUGGCGAAGGCACCGAUGAACUAUUCGCGGGACUCAAGAAAAAGAAGAAGAAGAGCAAAGACGCUGAAGAAGGCGGUAGUGCUGAGAAGCAAGUGGAUGACAUUUCCGAUGCGCUAGGAGAGCUAAAGUUGAAGAAGAAGAAGAAGAAGGCUAAGGCCGAGACGAGUGUGGAUGAGUUUGAGAAGCAAUUAGAACAAGCGGGUAUUUCUGUGGACGAUAUUUCUAAGGACUCUACUCCAUUGGAGACGAAUUCUAGCAUCCAACAGGACGUUGGUUUACCAUACGAGGAUCUUUUGUCACGUUUCUUCAAGAUUUUGAACACAAACAACCCAGAGUUGGCUGGCGAUAGAUCGGGACCUAAGUUCAAGAUUCCACCUCCAAUCUGUCAAAGAGACGGUAAGAAGACUAUAUUUGCCAACAUCCAAGAGAUUAGCGAGAAGCUACAAAGAUCUCCAGAACACAUGAUCCAAUAUCUAUUUGCGGAAUUGGGUACCUCUGGUUCCGUUGACGGGCAAAAGAGAUUAGUCAUUAAGGGUAAGUUCUUGCCCAAGCAAAUGGAGAAUCUUUUGAGAAGGUACAUUCUGGAAUACGUCACGUGUAAGACGUGUAAGAGCAUCAACACUGAGUUGAAGAAGGAGCAAUCGAACAGAUUGUUCUUCUUGGUUUGUAAAAGUUGUGGUUCCACCAGAUCUGUUUCCUCCAUCAAGACCGGUUACCAAGCCCACGUCGGUAGAAGAAAGAGAAUGUAG